UUCAUCAACAAUAGACCGUACAUACCCGCACCAAGUCCAGGUCCACUCACAGUUCCCAGGCCGCUACGAAGGCGGAUUCAAGGGCGGUGGCCGCAUGUACCAACAAACUGGUCCAUCCACUUCUACAUUUAUAGCAAUCAUGACCAGGCUCCCAGUCAGAGGAACCCUCCUUGCGCUUGCCGGAAUAACCCUCAUCGGGACACUCAUUGGAAUGGCGGUGGCGUAACCUGUCUUCCUAAUCUACAGCCCUGUCAUCGUCCCUACUGCUCUGACCAUGGCGUUUGCAGUCACCACUUUCUUAUUGUACGGGCUGGACGGGCUGACCGGUUGGACCUCGCUAUCGUGGUUCGCUCGGUACCUCCGGCAGGCGACAGAGGAGGUGCACGGGCUACUGGAGGAGGUUUUAUCACUGGAGAGAAAGAAACAGUUGCCGGAGAGGAUGAAAUACAAAUCUAG